CAGUAACUGGUCAACUUAGCGCCGUCGGCCGAAGAAAGUCGACAUUCUACACUGCUUACAUAGUCAAUCGCGUUCGCUCAUUGUUCCAUACCGUCCAUAUAUCUCCAGAUCUCAGUCGCCCGGUCGCACGAAAGCAAGAAGCGGCAGCUGUCCAGUAAACAAGACGACGCAGGGAAACAACGCUCCACAGCGACUCCGGCCGCCAUCUUAUAGGGGACGCCACGCGGCAAUGGCCACGACGACGUACAGCUUUUGUCUACUUUGGGCCUUGUUCGCAUCUUUUGUCGCUGCCAGCUCGACGAUACGUAAUCCUCUGCGCGCUUUGUCGACCCUACAGAAUGCCACCAUAGACACGCAUACCCACCGGGUAACGGCCCUACAUAACUUCGACUUGUCCUUCAUAUUGCGCCCGGAUCUACAUGUCAAGCUCUCUCUCGAGCCCAAUCAUGAUCUCCUUCCAAAUUCCGGCCUGACUGUCUCCUACUUGAAUGCAGAUGGAACCGUCUCUAGGACCGAGGAUGUCGAUCGUCUAGCUCACAAGGUCUUCCGUGGAAGUGCUUGGUACCGCCAGGAGAAUGUGGAUGAUGAAUGGACAAGAGCAGGAUGGGCAAGAAUUACAAUCGUCAGAGAUGGCGAGCAACCGCUGUUCCAGGGUGCUUUCUCCUUGAACCAUGACAACCACCACAUCCAACUCGCUCCCCAUUUCGCCCACACACGCCACCAUCUCGAUCCUCAUGUCGACACCGAUGACCAGAACAGCAUGGUCGUCUACCGCGACUCAGACAUCCUUUUGGACCAGGAUGUUGACUAUCACAUGCAAGAGCUGAGGAGAAGCCUCGACUAUGGCUUUGAAGAUGGCCUCACAUGCCAGUCGGACGACUUAGGCUUCAACAACCAACCCGACCACCCUGUCUAUACCACCAUGCUGCGGCGAUCUGAUUCCGUGCUGGGCAGUGAGACUCUGGGCAAUCUGUUCGGUAAACGUCAGGUCGAUAGCAGCACUGCUGGCAACUCCGCGGGUGUUGAUCUGAGCUCAACCAUUGGUCAAACCCAAGGUUGUCCCACCACCAGACGAGUAGCCCUUGUCGGUGUCGCUACAGACUGCACUUACACUGGCCAAUUCAACUCGAGCGAGUCAGUGCGCAUGAACGUCAUCGACCAGAUGAACACUGCUUCCAGCAUAUACGAAACAACUUUCAACAUCUCGCUUGGUCUAGCGAACCUGACCAUUUCAGACGCAAACUGUCCCGGAACUCCCAACUCGGCAAGCGCCUGGAAUCAAGCCUGCAGCGAUGGAGUCGAUAUUCAAGAUCGACUAAACUUGUUCAGUGCCUGGAGAGGCAACCAGCAGGAUAGCAACAGUCACUGGACACUACUCAGCACGUGUAACACUGGAAGUGCAGUCGGUCUUGCCUGGCUCGGACAGGCAUGUGUUCAGACUGCAUACUCUACCAACAGCAGUACCACUGGUAAUGGCCAAUCAUCGACCGCCGGUUCAGAAACUGUGACUGGCGCUAACGUAGUCAUUCGCACUCGGGGCGCCUCGGAAUGGCAGAUUAUUGCGCAUGAAACAGGCCACACUUUCGGCGCAGUACAUGACUGUACCGCAGACACUUGCGCGUCAACCACGACCGUCGGGAGUCAACAAUGUUGCCCUUUGAGUGCCAACACCUGCAAUGCAGGCGAAGCCUAUAUCAUGAACCCUUCUACCAGCUCUGGAGUUAGAAACUUCAGUCCAUGCAGCAUUGGUAAUAUUUGUAGUGCCUUAGGCCGCAACAGCGUCAGGUCUACCUGUCUCACUGAGAACAGAAACAUCAAGACCAUCAGCGCACAGGAAUGUGGCAACGGCAUUGUUGAGGAUGGCGAAGACUGUGAUUGUGGCGGAGAGGCCGGAUGUGCGGGCAACUCGUGUUGUGAUGCGGCGACAUGCAAGUUCAGGGAUACUGCGGUAUGCGACGACAGUAACGAAGGAUGCUGCAAUAAUUGUCAAUUUGCUUCGAACGGCACCGUCUGUCGCGCUUCGACUGGUGCUUGCGACCCAGCAGAAACCUGCUCUGGAACCUCGGGCACCUGCCCUCAGGACGCCAGCGCACCCGAUGGAGACAGUUGUGGCAACCGUCUUCAGUGUGCCAGUGGCCAAUGUACAAGUCGUGAUCAGCAGUGCAGAAGUGUCAUGGGUGGUUACCAGGGAGUUGGAAACAACACUUCAGCUUGUGACAGCUCGUCGUGUCAGAUUCGAUGCUCCAGUGGUAGAUCGUCCGCUUUCGGAAAUAACGUCUGCUUCGAAGUUCAACAGAACUUCCUGGAUGGUACGCCUUGCGGUGGCGGAGGCAAGUGCGACAACGGACGCUGCAGAGGCACCAACACUGGAGGCGAGAUUAGAUCAUGGAUUGACGACCACAAGGGCAUUGUGAUAGGAGUCUGUGUCGGAGUAGGUGGUCUCCUGUUACUCAGUAUCAUGGGUUGCUGUAUUCGCGCUUGUCGCAGACGCAGAGUCAAGCCUGCAAAGAUGCAAGCGCCGCCACCUGGUUGGGGUACUCAGAUGCGACCUAUGCCUCAGAACCCCUCAUACCCACCACCACCGCAACAAUAUGGGCAAGGUGGAUACGGACAGCAAUGGGCACCACCUCAAGGGCCGCCUCCGCCAGCAUACACACCUGGGUCAAGGUACGCAUAAUUUCGUGUGGGCUUGCUAUCGAUUAGAUCAGGUCUCGGCUUUGGCGUUUUGAAUAUUUUCCAUAUCCCUAGUCGGAUAUAUUUUUCGGAUAUUGUACAUAUUUCAGAAACAUGAUAUCCCAUGCCUGU